GCGCCUCAACAGCAAAGCAGCCAAGUGUUCGCUGGGAAAUCGUAAAGCUGGCCGAGAUCUGCCGCCUCGUGUUGUGCUCUGUUCUGUGCUCUAUUCUCUGUGUUCUGUGUCCAGCAGCGUCGCGCUGAUCGCCUGGAAUCGAGUGUGAAAUAUUGUCUCGAAGGAUAACAGAAAGAAUUCCUCAGUUUAGUGUUUGUUCUUGCGCGUUGUGGCGGAAAGUGAAGUUCAUUCCAUUCAAUAUUUCGUAACCGAAAGUUGGCAAGAUGUCGGUCAGACUGAACGAGACGAACACUAUUGUUGACCGGAUGGUCAACUUCUUUGUGGAGCACGAGGAUCUGCGCACAAAGAGCUGGUUCCUUUCGAAUGCCCCCGGACCACUGUUCACGAUCCUGGCUGCCUAUUUGUACUUCUGUCUGUAUGCCGGUCCCCGGUAUAUGCGGGAUCGCAAGCCCUUCGAGCUGAAGAACACGCUGCUGGUCUACAACGCCGUGCAGGUUCUCUUGAGUUUGGUGCUGUUCUACGAGGGCUAUAAGGGCGGCUGGGGAGGACACUACAGCUACAAAUGCCAGCCCGUUCCCUAUGCCACGGAUCCCAUCUCCAUGAGGAUGGCCGGUGCUGUGUGGCUAUACUACAUUGCCAAGAUCACCGAGCUGCUGGACACCGUGUUCUUUGUUCUGAGGAAGAAACAGCGCCAGAUCUCAUUCCUGCAUCUCUACCAUCACUCGCUGAUGCCCGUGUGCGCCUUCAUUGGAGUGAAGUACUUUGCCGGCGGCCAUGGCACUCUCCUGGGCUUCAUCAACUCCUUCAUCCACAUCAUCAUGUACGCCUACUACCUGCUGUCGGCGAUGGGACCCAAGGUGCAGAAGUAUCUGUGGUGGAAGAAGUACAUCACCAUCCUGCAGAUUGUUCAAUUCUUGAUCAUCUUUGUGCACACGCUGCAGAUCCAGUUCCAGCCCAACUGCAACUUCCCCAAGUCGAUCGCCGCCCUGCUGACCUUCAACGCUGGGCUCUUCACCUACAUGUUCAGCUCGUUCUAUGUGCACAACUACAAGAAGGAGGCGGCUGCCCAGGCCAAGCUGACGGCGAAAAAGGAGUAGGACUAGGAUUAGGAGCUUCUCUAAUCUGUAUAUUUACAUUUAUCAUUUAUGGUCCUUAUCCCUAUCCCUCUGCCUAUCCUCUUCCUCUCACCUCUCACCUCCCGCUUGCCCCUUUCCACUUUCGAAUCGAUCUUCCCUCCUAGUUAUAGAUUCAUAGGUCAAGAUGAAUAUUAUUCACACUGUAGUCUGUUGUAAGCUUGUUUCGUAGUAUUUCGUUAGUUUGAGGAAAACGGCUCAUUUUAUAUUUGAUCGAAACAGUCGCCAUUGCACAAUGCAAUUUCUUAGCGUUCGAUGUAUUGGGAGUACCCGUACGAGUACUCGUAUUGUAUGUAGUGUUUCCGUAGAACCAAAUAUUAUAGUUUAGUAGUUUAGCUAUUACUUAAUGGACUUGGCAUGCAUUGUUAGUCAAAGACAAAGACAAAACAGGGAACAGGCAAAUGGCAAAUGGCAAAACUCCUUUCUGAACUUUUGCCUGUCCUCCGACAACACCAUGGAUGGUCGGUCCUGUCUCUCGCUGUCUUUGGCAUGCACAUUUUAUAAAGAAAUGUUAUUUUUUGUAUAUUUUAUUUGCAAACAAUAAAAAAACAACAACGAUUUAUAUGUUUGAAAAUCCUAA